UAUAAUACAUAAUAUAAGUUUGUGAGUGUGUACACACGCCGUGGCCGAGGUAUGUUUUUUUUUUUUUUCGCUUCCUUUUUUAACACGAUUUAUUUUUUUUUUCUUACUCUCCCCCGUUGUAUACGCGUAACAGUUCCCCCGACGAUCGCUCUCGCCAGAAAUUACACGAACGCGCGCCGAUUUCAAAUACCAAAAGUCAUAUGGAAUUUUACAGCAUCACCCUUCGCUCUCCUCCGCUCUCUCCUCUCUCAAACCCACGAGCAAAUUCGCCAUCGCGGCCCGGCCGCAGUUUUGGCAUCGGUCAUGGUGAUGACGCAGCUAUAGUCAGUAUAGUACUAUGUCACCUGACGCCCGCGAGGAUACGUGUGCGGUGUGCGGCGGUCCGGCCGCACAGCGGUGCGCAAACUGCCGGGCUGCGCGGUACUGCGGCAGGGCCCACCAGAGGGCCCACUGGAAAGACGGACACAAGGCCGCGUGUCACCCGUACGUGGUGCUCACCUCCCCGGCCCUCGGCCGUCAUUGGGUGGCCGCUCGGGACAUCAAGGCCGGCGAAGUGUUGCUCGAGGAACGGCCGCUGGUCGUCGGCCCGAAGGCCGGCUCGCCGCCCGUCUGCCUGGCGUGUUACGCGCCCGUGACCGACGGUCGAACGUGUUCGGCCUGCGGUUGGCCAGUGUGCGGGGCCAGAUGCGAGAUGGCGCCAGUCCAUCGGCUGGCCGAGUGUCCGCUGAUCGCUGGCCAGUAUGACGCUCGCAGAUCGGCCGUCUACUGUUUUGUAACGCCACUCAGGUGUAUGCUGCUUGACAGUAGUGAAGGCGACCGCCGCGCAGCGUUUCGGUCACUCCAGUCGCAUCUGGACCGCAGAAUAGGCACCCCGCUGUACCAAGCGUACGCGAUUAACGUUGCCGCGUUCGUGCUGGACCGGCUGGGCUUACGGCGACUAGCAGAUAGUGACGGGGGCCCACACGACGAAAGGUCCGCACUGGAGGCGACCGCCGUGCUCGAUACCAACGCUUUUGAAGUACGCCGGGAGGGCGGCCGCAAGUUUCGGGCCGUAUACUCUCAGGCGUCCAUGAUGGCGCACAGCUGUACGCCCAACACUAAACACGUGUUUGUCGGCGAUCCGGCCGACGGCUGUCCGGUGAUUCGCAUCACAGCUGCGGUGGCCAUCGGUCUUGGCUGUCCCGUGACGGCCACUUACACGCAAACGCUGUGGUGCACGCGGGACAGGCUCCGGCACCUGCAGUCCGCCAAAUGUUUCGAAUGCGCGUGUCCGCGGUGUACCGAUCCCACAGAGCUCGGAACGCACUUGGGCUCGAUAGCGUGCCGGGCGUGCGCCACCGGCCGCGUGCCGAUCACCGCCGACGGCCCGUGGCAGUGCACCGGUUGUGGCCGGCGAACCGAUGACAGCGGCGGUGACGGCGUGGCCGAAGCGGAGCACCACGUUCGUUCGUUAAGCCGAGCGGACGGUGCGGGUUUCGAGCGGUUCGUGAAACAGGUGUACGCCAGCGAGUGGCUACCGCUGCACGCCGGCCACUACGUAACGGUGGGCGCCAAGUACGCUCUGGCUCAAUUGUACAGCAACCGGAUUUCAGGUUUGACUUGACCGCAUCAUCUCCGCGUCUUAUUUUUAUUCGUGGUUUUUGCUUUUACAGAGCUGACGCCGGCACAAUUGAAAUACAACACGAAAAUAUGCGAAGAACUGUUAUGGCUGGCCGACGUACUGGAACCGGGAAUCACGAGGUUCCGGGGCCUGUUGCUAUUCUAUCUGGUCCGCGGUCUCAAACAGCUGAACCGCGUUACGAAAACCAAACAGGUCGGUAUUAUUUUACUAAAGGUUAACUUAAUAUUUAAAACAAUAACGAAACAUGUUUCAAAAACGUGUAUGCCCUAAACACAUUUUUUGUAACUAAAAACACGUUUAAAACGGAAAAAAACAUUUUUUUUUUGUUUGUUAUUCUUUUCGCAACCUUGAUUUUAUACCUAUACAGAUAUUUUUUCUGUACAACUAUACAACGUGUUCAUUGUUUAUGUGUGUACGAAUUUCAGAAUAACUACGAGACGAUCAAGAAUUACACAGAAGAAGCGGUGGUCAUACUGAAAACCGAACCCGAUCUGGUGCAUUUAAUUGAACAGUUACAAUAAUCGACUAAUAGUCGAUUAUUAUUAUACAAUCUUUUUUCAUUGUGAGAUCGUUAGUUUUUAUUGUACCGUAGUAAACAUUACUAUUGUAGAAACAAUAAUACGUCUUUUCCAAAAGCUGUUCACUCGUUAUGAUAUCCACCGAUAAACCGUUCGGUCGAAAUUACAUAAUUCGCCUUUACCCCUUCUACUGCUAUUUUGUAC